AACAAACUCAAACAAGUUUCUAUAUGUUGUUUAUUGUCUCUUUCGUUAGAGACAGAGAAAAUGACGACGACUUCCAAAACUUCUCUUCAAGAAGAAUACGUCAUCGACGCCGUUGACCACCGUGGCUUUUCCGCCAGAAGGUCUAUUACCGGUAGAUGGAGAGCUGCAUGGUUCAUUAUCGGUGUGGAGGUGGCGGAGAGGUUCGCGAACUACGGGAUCGGAUCAAACCUGAUAAGCUACUUGACUGGACCACUUGGUCAAUCUACGGCGGUCGCCGCCGCUAAUGUCAACGCUUGGUCUGGAAUUUCCACUAUUCUUCCUCUUCUUGGAGCUUUUGUCGCCGACGCUUUUCUUGGUCGCUACAUAACAAUUAUCAUCGCUUCUUUUAUCUAUGUCCUGGGACUGGCGUUUCUGACUUUAUCUGCGUUUCUGAUUCCCAACAAUACUGAAGUGACCUCGUCACCUUCUUCUUUUCUCAAUGCACUCUUCUUCUUCUCUCUUUAUUUGGUGGCUAUUGGACAAAGUGGACACAAGCCUUGUGUUCAGGCUUUUGGUGCAGAUCAGUUUGAUGAGAAGAACCCGCAAGAGAAUAGUGAUAGAAGCUCUUUCUUCAACUGGUGGUACCUUAGUAUGUGUGCAGGAAUCGGCCUAGCGAUUUUAGUGGUUGUGUACAUCCAAGAAAAUGUAAGCUGGGCACUUGGGUUUGGAAUCCCAUGUGUGUUCAUGGUGAUCUCUCUUGUUCUUUUCGUUUUAGGGAGAAAGAGUUAUAGGUUUAGUAAAACAAGACAAGAAGAGGAAACAAACCCGUUUACGAGAAUAGGUAGAGUCUUCUUUGUAGCAUUCAAGAACCAGAGAUUGAAUUCAUCAGACUUGUGCAAAGUUGAGCUAAUAGAGGCAAAUCGAUCUCAAGAAUCUCCAGAGGAGCUGAGUUUUCUCAACAAAGCAUUGCUUGUCCCAAAUGAUUCUGAUGAAGGAGAAGUGGCAUGCAAGUCUAGAGAUGUCGAAGAUGCUACAGCUCUUGUCAGGCUUAUUCCAGUAUGGCUUACAACUUUGGCUUACGCGAUACCUUUCGCGCAGUACAUGACUUUCUUUACAAAGCAAGGUGUCACAAUGGAAAGAACAAUAUUUCCAGGUGUAGAGAUCCCACCUGCUUCUCUUCAGGUUCUUAUCAGCAUAUCAAUUGUUCUCUUUGUCCCCAUCUAUGACCGUGUUUUGGUCCCAAUCGGAAGGUCAAUAACUAAAGAUCCUUGUGGCAUCACAACUCUCAAAAGAAUUGGAACCGGAAUGGUACUAGCAACUCUCACUAUGGUGGUGGCUGCUUUGGUUGAGUCAAAGCGGCUCGAGACUGCAAAAGAAUACGGACUUAUAGACCAACCGAAAACAACUCUUCCAAUGUCGAUAUGGUGGUUAUUCCCUCAGUAUAUGUUACUGGGAUUGGCUGACGUACACACUUUAGUAGGAAUGCAAGAGUUCUUCUACAGCCAAGUCCCCACUGAGCUGAGAAGCCUCGGUCUCGCGAUUUACUUAAGUGCAAUGGGCGUUGGAAGCUUAUUAAGCAGCUUACUCAUCUAUCUGAUCGAUUUGGCCACUGGAGGAGACGCCGGAAACAGCUGGUUCAACAGUAAUCUGAACAGAGCCCAUCUAGAUUACUUCUAUUGGUUACUUGCGGUUGUUAGUGCCGUUGGGUUCUUUACGUUCUUGUUCAUCUCCAAGUCCUAUAUAUAUCGCCGGGUGGACGUAGUGUAGUUUACGCAUGGAGGAGGAAAUGGAGAGUUUCUUUUUGUGAUUUUUGAUUUUUAUGGACGUUACGAUUCUAACGUAAAACUCCCACAAAUGACAAAACAGACCAUAAAUAUCAUGAUUCUUAUGUGAAUUUGUAACUAUAUUUCAAG